AUGAGCCCGGGGAGCGGCAAGCUGCGGUGGCUGUGGAGGGCGCCGGCGCGGGCGUUCGGCCGCGCGCGGGACUUCUACGUGCGGAGCAUCACGGGGUGCGCGCGCUACGUCCCCGCCGACGCGGCCUUCGGCGCCUACCCGGUGCUCGUGCCCGCGCCGCUGCCCAGGAGCCAGAGCUGCGGCUCCGGCGCCGACUACGGCGGCGAGGAGGACCUCCGGGAGCUCAUCCGCGCGGCCUCGCAGAGGCGCGAUGUCGAGCAGCGGCGGCAGGCCGACCAUCUCCAUGCCGUGCCCAGGAGCCAGGGCGUGGCGGGGGCGGCGUCCAUGGCGCCGAUCGACGAGGACGCGCCGUGCGAGUUCGCCGCUGGUGCGGGCGCCACGCUCUACUCCCGCAGUCAGAGCUACGCCGGCGGGGCCAUGGGGGCCAGGAAGUCUCACUGCCACAGCAAGGUGUCGGCCUUGGGCUGA